AUGCGCAACCAGCCCAGGGAACCAGACUGCAUUGUGUCGCUCGUGCAGGCCAGCCUUACAAAACCGUGCUUAUCAACCACCUCGCCAUGAACGUCUCCCACUUCGCCUUGCACACCACCCACCUCUACUUCCGUACCAGACGCCUCACCUUGCAUACCACCCACCUCUGAUUCCGUACCACACACCUCACCUUGCACACCACCCACCUCUACUUCCGUGCCACACACCUCACCUUGCAUACCACCCACCUCUACUUCCGCACCACACACCUCACCGUGCACACCACACACCUCUACUACCGUACCACACACCUCACGUAACACACCACCCACCUCUACUUCCGUACCACACACCUCACCUUACACACCACCCACCUCUACUUCCGUACCACACACCUCACCUUACAUACCACACACCUCUACUUCCACCUCAUCUUGCAUACCACCCACCUCUACUUCCGUGCCACACACCUCACCUUGCAUACCACCCACCUCUACUUCCGCACCACACACCUCACCUUGCAUACCACCCACCUCUACUUCCGGGCUCGUGCCUCAAGUGAUGUGCUCUGACCCCCUGCUGCCGGAAUCGCUGUAUCCUUUGCGAUACGGACAUGUAUCCGUGGCAUUCGCAUAUCGGCGAAAUAAACCGCCUCCCGCGGGCCCUCGCUAUCUGACUCCAGAUGAAAGCGCCAUGCUCUAG